AUGGAACCCGGCAAAGACAACGCCAAUCCCACCAUCCUCAACCCGGACGAUUUGCCUCGCCGCCGCCGUUCCACCCCGUCAACGCAGACCAAGCGUGGAAUCUUCGACGUCUUGGCCCCAGCAUAUCCCAGCCUUGCCGAUCCUCUGUCCUCGCCUGAGGCUCUAUCAGAUUUCUCCUCUGACGAAGAUGAACUUGACGCCACCGCCCGCGAGGAAAUCGACGAGCAGGAAGUCUACGACCUCAUCUCCUCCAUCACCGACCCGGAGCAUCCCCUCACCCUGGGCUCCCUGGGCGUCGUCAAUCUCGAAGACAUCCAGAUCAUCCCGCCAUCGUCCCCGCGCUCGCGCAUUAGUUCCGUCCAGGUCUUGAUAACGCCCACGACGUCGGCCUGCUCCCUGACCACCGUCAUCGGGCUCGGCGUCAAAGUGCGCCUCGUCAACGCCCUCCCUCCACGCUUCCGGGUGGACGUGCGCAUCAAGGAGGGCACCUCCUCCUCGGCCGACGAAGCCAACAAGCAGCUCGGCGACAAGGAGCGCGUCGCCGCCGCCAUGGAGAACAAGAACCUGAUCAACAUGGUCAACCACAUGCUGUCCUCGUGCGAGUGA